GGGCUGAGCUGAGCUCCACGUGUCUGAGCGCGCUCAGAGCGCACAGAUACCUGCAGGGCAGCGGGCUCCUCACCUCUCCUCGCGCUUCUUAUUUGUUUGUUUUAUCUCUUUUUUAAAAAAAAAACAGGAUAUAAUUUAAAACUCAUCCCCGUGAGGAGCAUGAACCCUGGUGUUCUGGAGUCAGAUCUGACCUGAAUCUGUCGGAGAGCAGAGUGGGGGGGAGAGAAAGGAGAGGAAAAAGAGGCGCAAAAAUGGAGACGUUUACGAUCCAGGACAUGCUCAUAAACUCAACUGAUCUCAACAAGAUUUUGUGUAAUUUCGGGAUCGGGAAUCUGUCGGAAUGUGGGAGCGAGCAGGACCUGCCUCCCGAGCAGAAAGACAUCAACCAGACAGUCCGGAUCAUCCUCUACAGCCUCAUCUUCCUCCUCAGCGUUCUCGGGAACAGCCUCAUCAUCGCGGUCCUGGUGAGGAACCGSCGCAUGAGGACCGUCACCAACCUGUUCCUGCUGUCCCUGUCCAUCAGCGACCUGAUGGUGUCCCUGGUGUGCAUCCCCUUCACCCUCAUCCCCAACCUCAUGAAGGACUUCGUCUUCGGCAUCGCCAUAUGCAAGCUGAUCAUGUACUUCAUGGGUAUGUGGAGACAAAAKAUUUGUCCAAGUUCUCUGUUAAAAAUAUGAAAACUUUCCUGCUGAGCAUGGAGUAAUCUGUCCGUUUCCAUGGAGACACCUCWUUCUUGUUGUGUUGGUAAUCGUGUUUCUCGUCAGACAGACAGGGGAUAAUUKAAGUCCUGCACAAGGUUCAUUUCCCUCUGAGUCCGAAUGCUUCUGGAGGGUUAAUGAGCUUGAGCUAAAAACAGGCCCGGUUAUGGAAGCAGCACAAAAUUCAGUUUCAGCAAUCACUUAACUUUCUCCAGUUCUAUUGUUGUGAUCUGUUGUUUCCUGAUCUGUGAAAGUCAAUUAGAGGAAACAGGCACGUCAAACAAUAGUUCUGUAUCCCUGUAAAAA